AUGGCCGACAUCCUGCAGCGACCCGGUGCAUCCCCCAGGCCAACACCAACCCGCCGAAGAACCCCGACAGCCGACGCGCUGCUGGAGAAGAUCGCCAAGCUGGACCUGCUGACAAAGAUCGGCACCGUCAGGAGCAGGUCCGGCCUGAACUUCAGAGGCAACGUGAGAGACGUCGUGUCCCUCUCCCGGACCCCUGCGCUGGGGCCGCUGCUGCUGUGCUCGGUGUGCCAGCACAAGACGCCGGUGUUCGGGAAGCCGCCGCGGUGGUUCAGCUACGCGGAGCUGGAGCACGCCACCGGCGGCUUCUCGAGAGCAAACUUCCUGGCCGAGGGUGGGUUCGGGUCUAUGCACCGAGGUGUGCUGCCUGACGGCCAGGCCAUGGCCCGCUGGCGUUGGGGUCUGUUGGUUGAAUCUUUGAGUAAGUGA